AUGAAUGAACAUAAGGAAGGUGUAAAAAUAGAGUUACUCCGUUUGUGCCCACCAACAUUUGAUCAUAAUAUUUGGAAUUUAUUUAAUAUAAAGGAAAUAGGAAAUAUUAAUUUUGAAAAAAAAGAAUCGACUGAAGACUUGAGCAUAUCAAAUGAGUUUAGCUUAAGUCUUCCAAUAAAUUCUAGGAAAAUAUGUGUAGGUCAAAAUUUUAAGUUUCAAAUAAAUAUUGCGAAUAAUUUAAAAAAUGAUAUUCAAGUGAGUACAAUAAGUGUUGAUAUUUUGACAAAGGAUAAUACGUUUAACAUAUAUAAUAACAUAGAUCAACUAAAUAUUCCAUCUAAUUCGUUCUUUAAUUUCAUAACUUCUUUUCUUGUUAAUUUCCUCGAUAUUUUUACAGUACAUUGUGUUGUGGAAUAUUUGCAUGGGAAUGAAAAAAAAGAAUUAAGAAAAGAUUUCAGUUUUAUUUGUAAAAACCCGUUCAACUUGAAAACAUUUAUUUUACAAAGAAAGGAUAAAUUAUAUAUAGAGUUAGUACUUAAAAAUACAGAAGAUGAUAAUAUAAUGUUAUAUGACAUAAAACUAAGAGAUAUAAAAUGUGAAUUAGUAAAAAAUGAAAGAACAACGAAUGUGCACAACGGUAUAUAUUAUUUCAAGCAAAAUGAUGAAUACUCUAUGAUUUUUUGUGUAAAUGAUGAAGAAAGUAAAUUAAAUAUUUUAAAUACUUUAAAUGAUGAAAAUAUAACGAAUAUAGAAAUAAUAUAUUUUACGAACAGCGGAGGUAAGGGUAUAAAUAAUUUACAUUUUCUAAAAAAAAAUUUAAUUACAGAUAACAUUCGGAUCUACUUACAUGAAUCUGAUAACAUUUUUUAUGUAGUAAAUAAGAUAUAUAAGUUUGAAAUUAUAUUUGAAAAUAAUACAGAUAAAAGUAUACUUGUAGAAAUAUUUAUUCACAAUAAUUCGAAUAUCCAUGUAGUUAACAAUUUUGUUAAAGCUCACAUAAUUGAGGAAAAAAAAAGAGUCUCUCAUUUUUUUUACGUUUUAUUUAUUAACCCUGGAAUUCAUUUUUUUAAUAAAAUUACCAUAUAUAACAAAAAAACUAAAAAAAAAAUAGAUUAUAUUAAAUUGUUUAAAUUGUUUGUUAAAUAA